AUGAGUGCCAAGCGCAUCUCGUUUGUGAAAAUCCAGCGUCGAUCGCUGAAGCCAACGAAGAUUGUGGUGACUGCUACGAACUCUCAAGCACCUCCACGUAGGGAGACGCUUGUCUCCACGAUCUACGGCCGUUUGCUUGAAACUUCAGAGACCGAGCAACUGUGUAAGCGACUGGGAAUGACGCGAGACGAUGUGCGCCAUUUACGUCGGAAAUUUGAUGACGAAGAUGGCUCCCACAGCGACACUGUAACAAUACGUGGCUUUUUCCACUUGAUCAACGACGACAAAGCCUUCGAGCGAUCUCAAAUCCUGACUAAAGAACUACUUCGUCUUGGCAACGUCACGCCUUCAACAGGUCGAGUGACAUUCGAUCAGUUCUUGCGUGUUGUAUGCACGUUUGCGGCGUUUUCCGAGACGGAACUAUGGCGGUUCUUUUACGAUUCGUUUUUUGCUGGAGGGAUAGCCACCGUGAAUGCUCGCAAGCUUGGAGAAGUGUUACAAGCUGCUGGGAAUUCCUAUGCUCGUAAUAUCGAAGUGGCUGCGCGACACCUAGGAACCAACACAGUUUCACCGCUAACAGGCUUGCCACCGACUCUCACUUUUGAUGAUUUCGAGGAGCUUGUACGUCGAAACCCCGUUGUCUUCUACCCAUUAGUUCAAUUACAACGCAAUGUACGCUCUCGAAGUCUUGGAGAGAAAUAUUGGAUGAGGAAGGUACGGGAGCAAGAGCUUAUUAAGCCGCUUCUUGCAUAUCAACAACUUAAUCAGGGAAGGCUGCCUCGGUUGAAAUUGAAAGAUCGGGUGGUGAAUAUAAUGUUUGGUGGAACAACAGUGAUGGCUCGAGCUCGAACUUUGGCGCGCCGACAAUAUCUGGACGAGAUGAAACGAUAA